AUGGGGGCUGGAAAUACGGGUCGACUACACAGAGGAGAUGUCAUUAUUUCGACCGCUGUCCUUUUCGUUGUUUGCUGGAUAGCCGCUAUUGCGCGUGCAUAUAUCCGAAUUCGGAUCCAGAAACAGGUUUCAUGGGACGACAUAUUUCUAGCCGCCGGCCUUUCUUGUUUGUCAAUAGCGCUGAUCAUCUUUUAUACCAUCACAAUCGACAAGAUGUACCUCACACUGGCACUCCAGUUCGGCGAGACCGCUGGAGUAACCUUCCCUCCUGAUAUUAUACAGAUAACUUUUGACUAUCAAAAAUGGGUGCAGGUGACAACAAUACUGCUCUGGCUGGCCAUAAUGUCCGUGAAGUUUAGCUUCCUGGCUCUCUUUAAAAAUCUGGUCAACGGGAUUCCAUCAUUGGACAGGUAUUGGUGGGUAGCAACUAUUCUUAACAUCGGUAUUAUGGGCUAUGGGUCUGUGGUUACUCAUAUUUCCUGCCCUUAUUACUACACUCUCGAAAAUGCUAUAUGUUUGACACCAUCUGGCCAGCGACGAGUGUCGACCUUUCUAUUCAUACACCUGGCAUUAGAUCUUUUGGGUGAUGCAUUGGUCCGGAUGAUCUGGACUGUGCAGGUGAGAUGGACUCAAAAGAUAGCCCUCACUCUGUCACUCUGCCUCACCAUUCUUAUGAGCAUUGUAACGAUCAUUCGGGGAGCGGGCGUUUACUACAAGGGACUGGUCGACACAAACUGGGAAACUUAUUGGGUGAUAAUAUGUGCGGAGAUUGGCGUUUGCCUCGCUGCAGCAACAGCUUUCCGCUCAUUCUUCAUCGCACGAAAGGAGUACAAGACCAUGUCUCCGACAAAAGAUUUCAGCCCUAAAGGUCGCUGGUACCAUCUGAAUGGUGACGUAUUCAGACGGCCAAUUGUUGCAAACGAAAUCCCGAGGCGAACAGAGCCAAAAGUGACUGCGAUGCAAUCGGUAGUAGUUGAGUCUUCAGAACCGCGGCCUGCGGGAAUAACUGCAUUGCCACGCCUCCCGAGUCCGUAUAUUUCCCCUUACCCGGAACCCAUGGCGUCUCCACAAAGCAGUGUAUUUAUUCUGGACUAG